AAAAAGUAGAAUUGUAAGAGGGAUCCUGAAAUAAAAAGCAACGAGAAUCUCUUCCCUCUAUUAGUUCCCCCACUCUCACUCCUCUCCACCAUCUCUCUCUCUCUCUCAAACUUAAAAGUCGUCUUCUUCUUCAUCUCCUGUUUCUGUUCGAUUGUGCAAAGAAAGAAAGAAAAAGAAGCAUGUUGUUGGGGAAGAGACAACGGCCUCCGAUGAAGAGAACCACCAGCAUGACAGAAUUCACCUUGGACACCAACAACCCACCCGAUCACCGCUUCUCCUCUAAGCUCCACCGCCGUCACUCCUACACGCACACAACCUCUCAUUUCUUGACCGCUUGCCAUCUCUGUAACCGCCCACUCAUCCCCGGCCGUGACAUCUUCAUGUACAGAGGUGAUAGUGCGUUUUGCAGUUUAGAGUGUAGACAACAUCAAAUGAAUCAAGACGACAACAACAAACACACUACUACCACUUCUCCCAACGCCUCCGAGACUCUUGUUGCAACUAUGUAAAAUUUUAUUUGUUUCUAUUCUACUUUGUUUCUCAUCGCCCCGCCUCGCCUCGCCUCGCUUAUAUAUAUAAACAUUCCGACAAAUAUCUCAUAUAUUCUUCUUCUUGUUGUAUAAAUUGCAACUCAAGUAUGUGCCAGGGGAUGGAUCUAAACUUUGCAAAUUAAUAUCCCAACUAAUAUCAUAUUUUGCAAGUUUAGAAUUGAAAUUGAUGAUAUGUAAUUUCCCCUAUGUAAUUACUACUACAUGAUUAUCAACAUGACUCGUUUAUGUUUGAAACGUAA